GUAGCGUAAUUGACCAAUCAGAGCUCGCCGCGUGCGGACACUUGCCUGUAAAUGGUGGAAAAUUUUUCACUGUCAUCACACAAAUCUACGUACAACUGGCCAAAAAUACGCUAAAACCACACUUAUAAAAUAUAGGCAUGCCUUCUGUGAAGGUGUUGGUCAGUUGUGUUUCAGCCUUGUUAGUUCUGUCAUACUUCUUUGCAGCAUCAGAUGGGUUGGCUGUCAUGUCUGUUGACUUAGGAAGUCAAUUCAUGAAAAUUGCUAUAGUCAAGCCUGGUAUUCCUAUGGAAAUAGCCUUAAAUAAGGAGUCCAGAAGAAAAACACCUAUGGCUGUGUCCUUGCGUAAUAAGGAAAGACUAUUUUCUGAUGGAGCACUAGCAGUGUCUGUUAUGCACCCUGACAAAUCUUACAUCUAUCUCCAUGAUCUACUUGGCAAGAAACUUGAUAACCCCCAUGUUAAGAACUACCAACAAAGAUUUCCAUGGUAUAAAUUAGAAGAAGACAAAACUACCGGCAAUGUGGUAUUCAGACAUGACAGUGAUGUCACAUUCACCCCUGAGGAGUUGAUGGGAAUGAUCCUCAACCACUCGCGAUUCAUAGGAGAGCAAUUUGCAGAUCACCCAAUCAAAGAUGUUGUCCUCACCGUCCCUCCAUUCUUCAAUCAAGCAGAGAGAAGGGCUCUUCUCAGGGCUGCCGAGUUAGUUGGUCUAAAUGUUCUUCAGAUCAUGAAUUCAAACACUGCAGUGGCCUUGAAUUAUGGACUUUUCCAGCAGAAAUCCUUCAAUGAUACUCUUGAAAAGCAUUUCAUGUUCUAUGACAUGGGAGCAAGUAGUACAGUCGCAACCAUUGUAGGUUAUAGUAUGACAAAAACUAAAGACAGAGGAAUAAGUGAAACUGCUCCACAACUUGUUAUCAAAGGGAUAGGGUUUGAUCGCACACUCGGAGGCCAUGCCAUUGAUAUGCGUCUGAGGGACCACCUUGUCCAACUCUUUAAGAAAAACUACAAAUUUAAAGGGGAGGUGACACAGUCUUCCCGUGCUAUGGCGAAGUUCUACAAGGAAGCCUUGAGGGUCAAGCAAGUGUUGAGUGCCAACAACGAGAUCUUUGCCCAGAUUGAGGGGGUGUUUGACGGCAAGGAUUUCCGCGUGAAGGUGACUCGUGAGGAACUGGAGGAAAUGUGCCAGGACUUGUUUGACCGCGUGGCUGGCCCCGUCAACAGGGCGCUCAAAUCGGCCUCCAUGACUAUGAAUGAUAUAGAUAGCGUUGUUCUGGUUGGUGGAGGAAUCCGUGUACCUAAGGUCCAGGAUGCACUUCUCAGGGCUGUCAAAAAACCAGAACUAGCGAAGAAUAUCAAUGCUGAUGAAGCUGCAGCGCUAGGUGCCGUGUACCAAGCAGCACAUCUCGGCAAGGGCUUCAAGGUCAAGAAGUUCAUCAUCAAAGACGCGAACAUAUACCCAAUACAGGUCUCGUUUAGCCGUAAGGUGAAGGCCGAGGACGGCACCGAAAGCACGAAGCACGUGAAGCGCACACUAUAUUACAACAUGAACACAGUGCCUCAGAAGAAAGUCAUGACGUUCAACAAGCACAUCGACGACUUCCAGUUCCACGUGUCGUACAACGGGCUGGAGGACUUGAUGAACCCCGCGGACCUCGCGAUGUUUGGCGAGUUGAAUGUGUCUACCGUGAGCGUGAAGGGCGUGGCCGAUGCGCUGAACAAGCACGCCCCCAAGGGGGAGUCCAAGGGGAUCAAGGCCUACUUCAGGCUGGACGAAAACGGCCUGUUCAACAUCGACAAAGUGGAGUCCGUGUUCGAGAAGAUGCCCGAGGACAUCGAGGACGAGAACGAGUCCACGUUAUCGAAACUAGGUAGCAAGAUAACCAGCUUCUUUUCGGGAUCCAACGAGAAGUCAGACGACGCGAAAGAGGGCUCGAAGGAUGCCAAACCGGAUGAACCCAAAGAUGAGAAAUCAGAUGACGUAAAUGAAAAACCAAAGGAUGAGGAAGCAGAGAAAGAAGAAGAUAAGAAAGAGGAGAAGAAGGAAGAGGAGAAAAAGCCGGACGAGAAGAAGGAAGACGAGAGCAAGUCAGAGGGGAAGAAGGAGGGAGACGAGAGCAAGUCGGAGGGGAAGAAGGAGGAACCCACGGCUGACAAGGACAAGAAGGCAGAAAAGGCAGAUGGCAAGGAGGCACCCAAGGAUGCAAACACCACCGAGGAGGCACCGAAGAAGAAGGCUCCAUCCAAGCCAGUCACCGUCCGCGAGACGCUCACCAUGACCGUGGACCUUGAGGACGCUGUUCACCCAUCACACGAGGACGUCGAGAAGUCUAGAGCCAAACUGGUCGAGCUCCAGGCACGUGACGACGCCAAAGCAGCCAAUGAGCGAGCUAAGAAUGCUCUGGAGUCGCACAUCUUUGGUGUCCGUGAUGAGAUGAAUAGUGAGCUCGGAGAAAAGCUUUCGACUGAGGCUGAGAGGGAAACCAUUUCUGAAGCUUUAACCGCAGCCUCUGAUUGGCUGGACGAGGACGGCUGGGACUCCACUGCUAAUGUUUAUAAUGAGAAGCUCAACGGUCUGAAGAAGAUCUCAGCAGAUUUCAGACGUCGGAUGAAGGAGCACAAGACCCGGCCAAAGGCAUUAGCAGCACUAAACCAGUCUCUCAACCUGUCAUCCACUUUCCUGAAGCAGGUGAAGAACAUGACGGAGAAGGACGAGAUCUACACGGGCAAGGACCUCGAGGAACUGGACAAAGUGAACAAUGAAACCAAGGAAUGGCUGGAGAAGAUGACCAAGAAGCAGGACGACACCGAGCCCCACGAGGCGCCUGUGCUCCUCACACGAGACAUAGAGCACAAACAGAACAAGAUCGACCGUGAGCUGCUUUACCUCCUCAACAAAGCCAAGUAUUACGUGCCCAAGCCAAAGCCGAAGGUUAACGAUACAGCCAACGCCAACAAUAAGUCAUCCAGCAACACGACGAAACCAGAAGACAAAAGCGAUGAUAACGGCAAGGGAUUCUCGCAAAAGAAAGCGUUCAAGAAACACAAGACGCCAUCAGGUAAAGAUGACGAACUGGACGAGAAGGACAAAGAUGAGAGUAAGCCGAAGGACGAUGUUGCUGAAGAGAAAAGUGACGAGAAACCAUUACCUCUUGGAGAAGACGCGAAGGAUAUCCCAACAGAACCAGCGACCGAAAAACCAGAAGAGCCAGCCCCCACGCCAAAACAAGGCGAGGACACGCCCAAGAAGUCUGACGAGCUAUGACACGGCAACAAUCUACUAGCAGGAAUAGUUUACUAAUAUUGUACAGCGGAAGUUGGCCCCAAUCAAGAUGUGAGAGUAAUUUAUUGUUCAAGUCGUCGAGACUUGGGAUGUUCCAUGCUGGGAAUAAGAACAAUAUAAAGGGUACUUGUGGCACUAUUGGCUCAUGGUAUUUGCCGUGAAAGUGUCAGGGUAUCCAUCAAAGAAUGAUCAUAUGCUCGACCGUUCUUCGGCUUCUAGUUGCGCUUUGGUCUUACGAGCUCUCAUCAUUCCUUUAAUACGAAGGAUGCGCCCAUCGCAUUCAGUCGUCUAUGAUGAUGGUUAUGCAGAAUAAAAAAAAAACACAGAUUGCAUGCCGAUGCGUUCCUAUUGAAAACAAAGUAUUCUUGAAUAUUGCACUUGUAAUAUGCUCUUGUACUAAAAACCUUCUAUUCACACGGCGUGCCUUUCCGCCCAGUUCGGGACGCGUUUUGUACGGUAUCGAUGUACGGUAAUAGGACAAAAUAAAUUAAUUUUAUUCCAAA